UUUUUUCUUCUUUGUGCUCUCUGUGUUGUGAUAUAGUCGUCAUCGCUUCGAAUAAAAUUUGAAAAUCUAAUGUAACUUUUGAUAACCCGUGAUAAAAAUCGACUUUUUCAACAAAUUUCGUUGAAAUUAGGUUUAGAAAGCAUUUUGGGGUAUAGUACUGUAUCUGCUGAUUAAGCAUGGGUAAUACAGAUACGAAGCUGAAUUUUCGCAAGGCAAUCGUGCAGCUUACUAGCAAAAGCCAGCCGAUCGAUGCAGGUGAUGACGUAUUUUGGGAGCAGUUUUGGAUCGAACAUAGUACUUCAGUGCAGGAUGUUUUUGCAUUGAUUCCCUCGAAUGAGAUACGUAAAGUCAGAGAUGUAAUGCCAGCUAAUUUAGCAACCCUAUGCUAUAAAGCCACUGAGAGGCUAGUUCGAGCCGUGGAUAAUAGCUGCCGAACUCAGGGCGAACAGCAAACCGUACUGAACUGUGUACGCCUUCUGAAUCGAAUAUUGCCGUACAUUUUUGAAGAUCCUCAGUGGAAAGAUUUUUUCUGGUCAUCUCUCCCAUCUGGAAAUGAAAAAGAAGAUAAUGCAACUCCAUUGGCGCAAAGUUUACUGAAUGCUAUCUGUGAUCUGCUAUUUUGUCCGGAUUUUACCGUCGUUGGUUUGAGGAAGUCGGGACCGGAGAAAGCGGAGGAGUUAAACUCGAUUGAUAGUUGCGAAUACAUAUGGGAAGCUGGAGUGGGUUUUGCACAAUCUCCUCCUCGAAAUGGCAACAUGGACUCUCGUCGAACGGAGCUUCUUAAACUUUUGUUGACCUGUUUCAGUGAAACUAUGUAUCGCGUUCCAACGAUGAGCGACGAACCCAACAAGUGGAUAGUUCACUUUACUAGCGCUGAAAAUCGACAUGCAUUGCCAUUGUUCACGUCACUUCUCAACACAGUUUGCGCUUAUGAUCCAGUGGGAAUGGGAGUCCCAUACAAUCAUCUACUGUUCACAGAUACCUUAGAACCACUGGUCGAAGUUUGUUUGCAGAUUUUAAUCGUUACGCUGGACCAUGAUAUAACAAGCAACUCGCCGACACAAUCGGCUUCAUAUUCCCACGAUGACACAACUAUUGCUGACAACCUUUUUAUCAACUACUUAUCGCGCAUUCACAGAGAUGAUGACUUUCAGUUCAUUUUGAAAGGCGUAACCCGUUUGCUGAAUAAUCCUUUGGUACAAAGCUAUCUACCCAACUCGACAAAGAGACUGCACUGUCACCAAGAAUUGUUGGUGUUCUUUUGGAAGAUUUGCGACUAUAAUAAGAAAUUCUUGUACUUCGUACUGAAAAGCAGCGAUGUGUUGGAUAUUCUAGUACCUAUAUUAUACCAUCUAAACGACUCUCGAGCUGAUCAGUCACGUGUCGGUUUGAUGCACAUUGGUGUAUUCAUACUGUUACUCUUGUCCGGGGAACGCAAUUUUGGAGUUCGGCUCAACAAACCGUACACUGCAACGGUUCCAAUGGAUAUUCCCGUCUUCACGGGAACGCACGCAGAUUUGCUGAUCACGGUGUUUCACAAAAUCAUUGCUACCGGUCAUCAACGGUUGCAGCCAUUGUUCGAUUGUCUACUUACGAUAUUGGUGAACGUUUCGCCAUACUUGAAGACCCUCUCGAUGGUAGCCAGCAUCAAAUUGCUCCAUUUGUUGGAAGCUUUCAGUACUCCUUGGUUUUUGUACUCGGCGCCGUCCAAUCACCAUUUGGUGUUCUUCUUGCUUGAAAUAUUCAAUAAUAUUAUCCAAUAUCAAUUUGAUGGGAAUUCUAAUUUGGUAUACACCAUCAUACGAAAGCGGCAAGUAUUCCACGCAUUGGCAAACCUGCCAACGGAUGCCGCAGGCAUAGCAAGAUGCAUGAGUAACAGAAAAGGUGGAAAACUUAACAAUUCUAGUCAUGGAUCCCGUGAUGGAGUCCGAAAUCCACAUAAUAAUGAGGUUCUGCCAUCUACGGCUAACGCGGGCAAUGAAAGCGAAGAAGAAAUUACUGUUAGAACCAGUCAAUUAGCUCUGGAUGACAGACACCCAUCGGAUGAGGAAGACAGUCGCAGUGAGAUUGUUGAAGAGUCCAUGGAAGGUUCACAUCCUGCUCAACCUGCAGAACCAGGAACAUUGAAAGCAACGCUGCUUGAUACUCCAGAUAUCACACAAAUGACUGAGCGUGAAUCAGCUCACCCAUCUGGAGAAGCCACCACUCCAUCUCCUGUUGAACCUAAUGCAAAGACUCCGGUUGGCGAUACCGAUCGGGCUCCGAAAGGUUCCCCUAGUAAGGAACCAUCAUCCCCUAUGAAAAGAUCUGUUGCUCAGCGCGGAAGCAUUCGUGUUACACCGGGAACUGGUCAACGUUCCCAGGCUAAAGUAUGGCAACCAUCUCCCGAAUGGGUCCAGUCAUGGCGGUCAAAGCUACCGCUCCAAACUAUCAUGAGAUUGUUGCAGGUGCUUGUACCGCAAGUCGAAAAAAUUUGCAUCGAUAAGGGGCUGACCGAUGAGUCCGAAAUACUGAAAUUUCUUCAGCAUGGCACACUGGUUGGUCUGCUCCCGGUGCCGCAUCCGAUCUUGAUACGCAAGUAUCAGGCUAACAGUGGCACCACCGCUUGGUUCCGUACUUACAUGUGGGGCGUUAUUUAUCUAAGAAAUGUUGAUCCAGCGAUUUGGUAUGACACUGAAGUAAAACUAUUUGAAAUUCAACGUGUUUAAGUAAUAGUUCAUACACAAUCAAACAAUAGUAACAUUUUUAUGAUCAUAUAGCUUUGUACACCCAUAUCCAAGUGAUAAACAUUGACAAAACCAGAUAAAUAUUCAUAUGAUACAUUCCUUCAGAACUUCACAGAUAUUGAAAAGAAAACUAUUUAAUCUUUCCUUCUCUCGAUUUAAACAUAUACAUUCCUUUCCCAAUUUUCAACACUGCUAUCACGGCCAUAAUCUGCCUUCGAAAAGGAUAAUAAAUGCUACACAAAACCUCCGUAUUCAUAUUUUUUACUACUUCUAGUUUCCUCACAGUGCAAUUCUUAUGUAAAUUUACCCAACAAAAUCAAACAUAGUAUAGUUGUGCAAAACCUACAAGUAUACAUUACCGUGCUAAUUGUGCUUAAGGAUGUUCGUAAAAUAUAAUGCAAAAUAAAAUAUGACAUGAUAAAA